ACAAUAUCAACAUUAAAGUUUUUGUUUGCAAAGUCCCUCUAAUAAGUCUCUGAUCUAAUAAGCCUUUCUUAUAAUUCUCUAAAAUGUCGACUGGUGACAGUGUGACCUCACCACCUAAAAAAUUGAGUGAACAUGAGAAGAAGCAGAUGCUUAAAGAGUUCCAGAAGCAGGCCUAUGAGGCAUUACUUUGUGCCUUUGGCGUGGUGAUCGAUGAUGAUGUGAAGAAACUAUUGAACAUCGAAGAGGAGUCUCCAGAGGAAAAGAGGAAGAUAGCGUAUGAAGCAAUGGUGCUUGCAACCACAUUCAAUUAUUCCUCGCUAGAAUUCCGCGAUGAUGUGUUAGCUAGGUUGAGGAAUCAACUUCAUAUAACCGAUAGCUUCCACAGAGAAUGCCAGAUUCGUGUCAACAACAACAGUUUACUCGUCCAAUUUACUGGAGAAGCAUCCGGCUCGAACAACGUAGGCGAAACAAGCAGGUGGAGUAUCAGUCAUGUCAAAGACAAUAUCUUACGUCUUAAGAGGACAAAAAAGUAACUUUAAUUCUAUCUAUGUAGUAAUUAAUUACCGUAUUUCAA